GGGAUGAUAUGUACGCACAAGAUUCUAACAGUUGUAACCUUUUAGUAUCGUAGUCUAACUUUUCCACUGCGUAUAUUAUAUUACGCUCAAUCGCUGACGCGAGGAUCGUAUGAUGUCAGAGCCUUUCAGAGUUGAAUUCUGCAGUUCAAAUAUCGCAAUAUCGGCAGCCAACGGUGCCAUGACAACAACAACACAAUAUGGCUGCAUGCCUGUCGGUAGCAGACAAGUGAAAGUUAAGGAGUCGGAGCAAUUUUGAGCGAAUUUGAAGAAGUUAGCUGGUUUUGGUCAAGGGAGCCUGAAUAGUUGGUUAGCAGGGGAAGAGAACAAUGCAAGUCAUGGCUUGUAGCUCACGUCACCGGUCGUCCGAUGUGGAUUAGCAUCCGAAUCAUCGCGAGCCAUAAUUGGAAAGUCCGGCUAAAAGCGCAGAUUAAUGAGUGCUGAUCGAUCAUUGACAUGCUUCGCUUUCCUGCGCUUCCCACGGAAUCGUCCUUCGUUCGAUCUUCUGUUCUUUUCCUUCGUGUGCGCAGCUACCCACCCACAGCGUUCGCAAGAUGUCAGCUGCUCGGCAACUCCUCGGAGCCGUAAGGCGUCACGGAGGAGGGCCCAAAUUUCGAAGAUCCUUCAGUGGUUCCAGUAGUGGACUUCGUGAUGUUGUGAUCGUUGCAGCGAAGCGGACUCCCUUCGGGGGAUUUCAUGGAGGUCUCGCUUCGCUCUCCGCCGUUCAACUCGGAUCGGUGGCUAUCAAAGCCGCCGUGGAGGAAGCAAAUGUCAAGCCUGAACAGGUCCAGGAGCUGUUCAUGGGAAAUGUACUUAGUUCUGGUCUCGGCCAAGCUCCUGCGCGACAAGCUGCCCUGGAGGCCGGAUUGUCACUACAUUGCGUUUGCACCACCGUGAACAAAGUCUGUGCCUCCGGAAUGAAAGCCGUGAUGUUGGGGGCUCAGAGCAUUGCAAUGGGCGUGAAUGAUCUCGUUGUGGCGGGAGGUAUGGAAAGUAUGUCCAAUGCACCCUAUUUGAUGUCACGUGCCCGAGCUCCGAAGCACACUGGAGAAUUGAAGUUGCAGGACAGCAUGAUGAGAGAUGGACUUUGGGACCCCAUCAAGAAUGUUAGUAUGGGAGAUAUUGCAGAGUCUUGUGCCGCAGAGAUGAAUAUAUCCCGGGAAGAUCAGGAUCAGCACGCCAUCCGGAGUUACGAGCGUGCGACAGCGGCACAAGCCACUGGAAUACUGAGUCAUGAAAUUGUACCACUAACGAUAUCUGGCCAAAAAGGAAAAGAGAAUGUUGUAUCUCAAGACGAAGAGUGCUCGAAGUUUGAUCCGGAGAAGCUACAGAGCUUGCAUCCUGCUUUCAAAGGAGAUGGAACAGUCACAGCGGGAAAUUCAUCUACGAUUAGCGAUGGGGCAGCUGUUCUGGUUCUGUCUUCUGCUGCCUUUGCCGAAAAGGAAGGUCUCAAGAUUCUUGCCCGAGUACGUGGCUUUGGUGACGCUGAACAGGCUCCCGAGAAGUUUCCCACGUCUCCAGCGUUGGCCAUCCCUCGAGCUCUCAACCACGCAGGAUUACAGCUGAAGGAUGUUGAUCUGUUUGAGAUAAAUGAAGCUUUUUCGGUAGUAGAUAUUGCAAAUCAGCAGCUUCUUGGCCUUUCUCCCGAUCAAGUAAAUGUUUAUGGCGGUGCAGUCUCUCUGGGACACCCCAUCGGAGCAUCGGGAGCACGAAUUAUUAUGUCCCUCAUCACUGGCCUAGCUUUCAAGAACUUGAAAGUGGGCGUAGCUGCUGUGUGCAAUGGUGGCGGUGGAGCCUCGGCCAUCGUAGUGGAGAGAGAUGACAGCCAUGUUCUUCAUGAACAUGGGCGUGCCCGGCUAGAGGUGAAAGACGAAGCAUAAGAAGUUGUUACGAUGGACGAGGUUUCACUCUCCUGGGAUGUGCAAGUCCAUCUUCCACCGAGUAACAAACUGGCGCUUACAUGAUUCAGUACAUCGCAUCGGACAGCUGAGGUCCUGCACAAGAUCAGUUAGCGACUCAUGUUGACGUGUAGGAAGUGCAAUGACCUCGGAGUCCAGACUGGUCACCAUGGUUCUCACAUGAAUGAAAUGUACAUAGUUAUGGUGGGAGUUCCAAAACGCUGUGAAAAAUCUGAACUGGACAGGAGAGUGCGUAGUUCUGACCUCUGCCGGGCAGGCAUCAAAGCCACUUUAGUCUAGCGACGUGUGCAGAACGUGGGGCCUCAGAGUCUCGCUCAUAUAAAUGUAAAUAAUUUUCCAUCUUCUGGCUACUUCGCCUUCAAACUGCUCCUGAAAAGAGCGUUUGUAUGAGUCGGAGUUCCAUCUGAGAUUGGAACUAUUGGAAUUGUACUGUUGGAGUUGUACAUUUCUUCUGUGAUCAUAAGUCGGCUGCUUCCAGCUUUGUUGCACAAAUUUUAUUGAUAAUAGACGAGUCACUUGCCAGCCUCGUUAAGUGGUAUUGGAUCGUCUCAUGAGGUCGAAGCAGGACUUGAAUGAAGUGAUGAUGAUUCGACGGACUCCAUUAUGCGGCAAAGACUUGUGGUCACACAUUGCAGCUGGCGGAGUUCAGUUGGAUUCGGACAGUACAAAUACAAUAUACGCCUUGCCGGCGGUAGUGGGAUGGCUAGAUCGAAGGUUGAAGCUUCACCGGAAGGGAUGGCGCAGCCCUGCGGAAUCGAAGCUCAUGUUUGUUGAUCCGCGUGAGACUCGAUGUCCGAUGGUUUCCCGAAGAUGCAGAGCAGAGCUGCAUUUACGGCAGUGGUGUACUGUCAAAGGUUUUCUGGGACGAGGUGAAGCGUCAUUGUUGGUGGCUCAACCCAUCUCGAGGGCGGUGAAAACUGAUCAGAUCGCUGGCCUUUGUUAUGAGAAGAGAGUAAGGUUUGUGAGGCGAAAAUAGUUAGGGUUGGAUCGUGGGCUC